UCCCGAACCGAUAAGUUCUGUAAGCCGGCCUGUCGCGGACCUCCCGGUUCGGUGACACAGAGAGGAAUGUGAUUUGUUCCGAGGGGAAGCGGAUCCAACCCGGAGCCUUUUAAUGCAAAGCCUGUGCAGGGUCAAGAUGCAGUUCCGGACGGUUCUGGACGUCAAAGUGGUGGACGUGGAGAAGAGGCGGAACCCGUCCAAACAUUACGUGUACGUCAUCAAUGUCACCUACUCUGACAACACGUCCCACAUCAUCUACAGAAGAUACAGCAAGUUCUUUGACCUCCAGAUGCAGCUGCUCGACAAGUUCCCCAUCGAGGGGGGGCAGAAAGACCCCAAGAAGAGGAUCAUUCCGUUCCUCCCAGGCAAAAUCCUGUUCCGGAGGAGUCACGUGCGCGACGUGGCCAUGAAGCGGCUGCGUUUCAUCGAUGACUACUGCCGGGCUCUGGUCAGGUUACCCCCCCACAUCUCUCAGAGCGAGGAGGUGCUGCGCUUCUUCGAGACCAAGGCUGAGGACGUCCACCCCCCCGAAGAGGACUAUGGCUCCAAGCGUAAAUCAGGGGUCGACAGCUCGGAGCCCAUGGUGCUGGAGCAGUACGUGGCCGUGGCCAACUACGAGAGGCAGGAGAACUCUGAGAUCAACCUGAAGGCCGGCGAGACGGUGGACGUGAUCGAGAAGAGCGAAAGCGGUUGGUGGUUUGUCAGCACAGCCGAGGAGCAGGGCUGGGUCCCGGCCACGUACCUGGACUCCCAGAAUGGAACCAGAGACGAUUUGGACCUGGGCACCUCCAGGACCGGAGAAGUAACUAAAAGACGAAAGGCUCACCUGAAGAGGCUGGACCGCCGCUGGACCCUCGGGGGCAUCGUUAACCGCCAGCAGAGCAGAGAGGAGAAAUACCUGACGGUGCAGUCGUACAGCAGCCAGGGCAUGGACGAGGUGAGCUUUGACAAAGGGGUCACCGUGGAGGUGAUCCAGAAGAACCUGGAGGGCUGGUGGUACAUCAGAUAUUUAGGAAAAGAGGGCUGGGCCCCGGCCUCCUACUUGAAGAAGCUUCGAGACGACUUCUCACCCCGUAAGAAGACCCUGACGGGCCCCGUGGAGAUCAUCGGCAACAUCAUGGAGAUCAGCAACCUGCUGCAGAAGAAGUCUGUCAGCGAGAAGGACAUCCAGACGGACGGAGAGGGCUGCAGCACGCCGGAGCGCCACAUCUCCAAGAGCGAGAUCAGCCUGCCGGUGCCCUACAACUCCGAGAUCAACGCCGAGACGGGCCGGAGGCUGAGCGCGGGCCGCGACACCAACAGCCCCUGUCUGGGGAUGCUGGCGGCGAGCGCCGCCCUGAACGAAAACAAGGCCAGGGGCGAGGCGGGACCCCCCGCUGUCGCUCGAGUGGCACCUCACAGAGUGGAGAUCGGGUCCCCAAAUCUGAGACAAAAACCUCCCCCGAGGAGAGAGACCAACUUGGGUUUCCAGUUGCCCAAACCUCCAGAGCCCCCUGCUGUGGAAGCAGAGUACUACACCAUUGCAGAUUUCCAGUCCUCCAUCUCUGACGGCAUCAGUUUCCGUGGAGGACAAAAGGCUGAUGUGAUAGAGAAGAACCCCGGAGGUUGGUGGUACGUCCAGAUCGGUGAGAUGGAGGGCUGGGCGCCCUGCUCUUACAUCGACAAACGCAAGAAGCCCAACCUCAACAGACGGAGCAGCACCCUCACCCGACCUAAAGUCCCACCUCCGGCUCCUCCUGUCAAGAAACAAGACCCGGAGGAGGCCCCGCCUCCACCAAACCCCGCCCCCAAAGCCACAGAGACACCCAGCAGGCCUGUUUAUGAGGAGCCAGAAUACGACGUUCCUGCAGUUGGAUGUGAAGGAGAACCUGAAGCUGAGUUUUUGAAGACCGAACGUUCCCAAGAUGUGAAAACCAGCAGCGGGGUCGGUGAGAAGUACCACAGCGCCUCUCCAUCAAGUAAAGCCUCACCUCCCGUCUGCAAAGCAUCCCCAGUUUUCGCCCAUCGAAGAACCUCCUACAGAUCAGUAGAGGAGAUCUCUAAAGAGGAGUGUAUCUAUGAGAAUGAUGGUUUUAGACCAAGUAGCGGCGUUGAAGGAUUCAAAGCUAAAGGAUCCAGCGAACCCAGUUCCCCUAGGAGCUACCAUUCCUCCACAGUCCCACGGAAACCGUCCGGAUCGUCACCUCUCGCUGGUAGACCCAGAACUCCCAUGACACCAGAGAUGACUAGAAGAAGCCAGACUCUGGGCAGGCGUGUGGACAUGAGGUCUCAUGACAACAGCCCUCAUUCUUCAUCAGAUGAGCUGGGCAGAGGUCCCAAGAAAAGUCCUGCCCUCAAUCGAGAUCCGUUACAGGGAAUAGGUCAGAGCCCUUCCACCAGGCCCAAGCCUUCCGUCAGACCGAAACCCCUCCUGACUAAAUCCGAACCCCAGAGCCCAGAGAGAAUGGACAUCAGCUCUCUGAGGCGGCAGCUCCGGCCUACAAGUCAGUUUCGCCACAGCCUGAAACCUUCGCGAGGUGAUGACUCUGAGACGGCCUUGGUCAUCUCUUCAGAGGGCUCGAUGUGUUCUCGGAGUACAUCGGAUCUGCCUUCUGUUUACUCCAAAGGCAGCCGUGGUAUCUCAGACACUGAAGGCCCCACACUGUAUCGUUCUGUAGAUUUUUACAAGAAGGUCCAGGACUCUGAGAUUAGCUUCCCAGCUGGUGUGGAGGUUGAGCUUCUCGAGAAGCAGGAGAGCGGUUGGUGGUACGUCCGUUGGGGCGAGGAGGAGGGCUGGGCUCCCUCAUACUACCUAGAACCUGUCAAGAAGGUAGGGGAUGUCGGAGUGUUGGAGUCAGAUGGAACUAGCGGUACUAAGUCCAACAGCCUGGAGAAGAAUGAGCAGCAUGUUUUGGCCCUGAACAACAUCAACAUUCAGGUUCUGACUCAGCAGCAUCAAGGAAUGAGGAGAAACUCGCCACCAAUUCCAUCCAAGCCUCCCGGAGGCUUCUCAAAGCCCUCGGGUUUAGUUAACGGAGGCGUGCGGAUGAGAAACGGGGUGCGGCAGGUGGCGGUUAGGCCUCAGUCUGUCUUUGUGACCACAUCCCAGUCAGCUAAGGACUCGCACUACAUGACGGGGUCUUUAAGGAGAAACGAAUCUCUUGGCAGAAGUGAUCACUACAGCUCGGGUUCUGCCACCCUCGGCGUUCGCAGAAACGCCUCUUUUAGCACCGUGCGGCCUCACGUUGUUGUUGAAAGUCACACGAGGCCCAUCGAGCGCUCCACUUUGGGGUCCUCGGGGACCGCAUUCAGCACAAGCAACGUCCAAGAUGCCCUAAGCCGAGCCAACCAACGCAACGGGAUCCCCGUGUCCACCGUUCGGCCCAAGCCCAUCGAGAAGAGCCAGCUGAUCCACAACAACCUCGGCAGAGACGUGUACGUGUCCAUCGCUGACUAUCGUGGCGACGAGGAAACGAUGGGCUUCACGGAAGGAACGUGUCUGGAAGUCCUGGAGAGAAACCCCAAUGGAUGGUGGUACUGCCAGGUGCAGGACAGCCUGAUUCCUCGAAAGGGCUGGGUUCCAUCCAACUAUCUAGAGCGGAAAAAAUAGGCCCACGUCCU